AUGUCUGCACUUAACGAAAAGCUUCCAGAUACCUUGAAUGAUGCUGUCUUAAAGGCUUCGGUGUCAAUUUCCGAUGACCAUGUCAAGGUUCAGGGUAUUGACUAUUCCAAGUCCGAAGCCGUUGAUAUGAGAGCUUCCGACUUGGUUGAGUCUAUGAAAACCAUGGGUUUCCAGGCCAGCGCUUUGGGGCAGGGUUGUGAAAUCAUCAACAAGAUGAGAUCAUGGAGAGGCAAGCAUAUUGAUGAGCUGGAGGAACAUGAGCGUAAAGGUUCCUUCGAUGAAGAGGGCCGCCAGAAGACUACUAUUUUUCUGGGGUACACUUCGAACCUGAUCAGCUCAGGUCUUCGCGAAACGAUUCGUUACUUGGUCCAGCACAACCAGGUUAGCGCUAUCGUUGCGACUGCAGGUGGGAUCGAAGAAGAUCUUAUUAAGUGCCUGGCCCCAACGUACCUUGGCGAGUUUACCCUGAAGGGCGCCAACUUGCGUGACAAGGGUCUAAACCGUAUUGGUAACUUGCUAGUGCCCAACGACAACUACUGUAAGUUUGAAGAGUGGAUCGUACCUAUUUUGGACAAGAUGCUUGAGGAACAAGAAGAGUAUGUUACUAAGCACGGCAAUCAAUGCCUAGACGCGAGCACGGACGUUGACGUCCCAAUUUGGACACCAUCGAAACUGAUUGACCGCCUGGGUAAGGAGAUUAAUGACGAGUCUUCUGUCCUCUACUGGGCUCACAAAAACAAGAUCCCAGUGUUCUGUCCAGCUGUCACCGAUGGCUCCAUUGGAGACAUGUUGUUCUUCCAUACUUUCAAGUCUUCGCCAAGCCAGUUGCGUUUGGACAUUGUUUCUGAUAUUCGCAAGAUCAACUGCAUGUCUAUGGAAGCUUCUAAAGCUGGUAUGCUGCUCCUAGGUGGUGGUCUAAUUAAGCACCACAUCGCGAACGCUUGCCUAAUGAGAAACGGUGCUGAUUAUGCUGUGUACAUCAACACUGGACAGGAAUUUGACGGCUCGGAUGCGGGCGCCAGACCUGACGAAGCCGUUUCUUGGGGUAAAAUUAAGGCCGAAGCUGAGUCUGUUAAGAUUUACGCUGAUGCCACUGUUGUAUUCCCAUUGGUUGUUGCAGCUACGUUCGCCAGCGGCAAAUAA